CCCGACAAGAGACCACUAACGACCAGCAACCCGCGAGCCGGCAAAAUCAGUCAAAAUGGUCAACGUUCCCAAGACCCGCAAGACGUACUGCAAGGGCAAGGAGUGCCACAAGCACACCCAGCACAAGGUCACCCAGUACAAGGCUGGAAAGGCCUCCCUAUUCGCCCAGGGUAAGCGUCGUUACGACCGGAAGCAGAGCGGUUACGGUGGUCAGACCAAGCCCGUCUUCCACAAGAAGGCCAAGACCACCAAGAAGGUCGUCCUGCGUCUCGAGUGCACUCAGUGCAAGACCAAGAAGCAGCUCGCUCUGAAGCGCUGCAAGCACUUCGAGUUGGGUGGUGACAAGAAGACCAAGGGUGCUGCUCUUGUCUUCUAAUUUUGCGAUUUCCUUGUUCGGCUCUGGGUUCUGCAUUGCACGCUGCUAUUCCGGCGGGCGGAAAGCAUAUGAUAUUGGGCAAUGGAAAAUGAAAUAGGAUUUCAUAUUUAGAAAUCGAAAGAAAUAUUAUGUGACUCCGGACGACUGAUCGGGUCUCUUGACGAAUCCCAUCAUUUUCCUUGCUCCCUCUCUUUCGACCUUGCUUGCCUCAACCUGUCUUCCGUUUCUUAAAUAUUAUGACCAUUGUAGACCUGCCAUUUUUUUGAGAUGACUACUCAUGCGCGUCAUCCACCUCUUUUUUUAUAUAUUUUU